AUGGUUGAAGAGAUGAAUAACCCUUAUGAACAGGUUCAAAUUAAUAUUUUACAACGUAUUGUUAAGAAUGUUGAGAGAUUGAACCAGAGUGUGACUACUUUGAACCAGACUUUGGAGGAUAUAAAUAGGAAAAAUAAGAACUUAGAAAUUAUGGGUCAGAUUUGUGAAAACUACCAUAAUAAUAUUCAAUUCAACUUGGAAGCUUCAGGAAAUCGUAAACCUCCAUUGUAA